AUGAACUGCGCAUUCCUUAUCGCCAUCUAUAUCUACGAUAAUCUCACUAAGACGAUGCACAUUUCCGGGUUCCGCGCCCCUUGGUCAAUGGACGCAGAGCCAUUCUCAGAUGUGACAUAUGUUUUAUGGGGGUUAACUAAGCGAUCAGAAAGGAUGAACUGGGAGCUUGAUAGCUCCGAUUGGACGUGGUGA